AAUUUAGUGACAGAGAUAGGGAUGAAAGCCUCCAAACAAAGCACGUGAUGGUGAGAGCAGUAGAGAAAUGCAGCAGCAGCAGCCUGAGAGAAGGCAGACAGAGGAAGAGAGGAUGAGAGAGGGAAGUGGAUCUGCUUUAAAAGCACAGAGGGAAAGAGAAGCAGCCUUGCGCUCACAUAGAGUGGCUGCAUUGUCAUUGCUGCACAGAAAAUAAAGGGAACAAAAGGAGGAAAGGAGAAGAACAAAGGAAUGCACAGAGGGCUCUAAGAGGCUCAUCAGAGGACAGCCACAGGAAGGUGCUUGUAUAUAAAUGAGAAGGUGGACCCUGGCAGGACACUAAAGCUUAGCUCCUCAUCCUGAUCACAGUGAGGUGCGAUGUCCCCAGCCUGACACAUAAUUACAUCUAAUGCUGUUUGCAAGAUCCUCAUUAUGUCCAGGAGGAAAAUCUCAUCAGAGUCCUUCAGCUCCCUGGGAUCUGACUACCUUGAAACCAGCCCGGAGGAGGAAGCAGAAUGCCCAUUAGCUAGGCUGUGCUGGAAUGGGAGCAGGAGCCCCCCAGGGCCACCAGAGCAUCACCCAGAACCGGUCAUUGGUCCCAGGAGAGCAACUAGGAGGAGAAGGGUGAAUUUGGACUCCUUGGGGGAGAGCAUCAGGAAACUGACUUCUCCUACGCCUCAGACAAUAAAGCAGACCUUACAGAGAACACUGCAGCGCUAUGAGCCUCAAGUUAUUGGGUGCAGGGAUGCAGAAAGGAAUCUGCACAAUGCGUCACUCAGAUGUUCGUACGGUGAUAAUACUGAAGACGGCGAAGAUGUUUCAGGGAUUUUGCAGUGUACAGCUAAUAUCCUUGGGCUGAAAUUUGAAGAAUUACAAGAGCGAUUUGGAGAGGAAUUUUUCAGCAUUUGUUUCGAGGAGAACGAAAGAGUUCUUCGCGCCGUGGGUGGAACCCUGCAUGACUUCUUCAAUGGCUUUGAUGCAUUGCUGGAACACAUUAGGACUUCCAUUGGAAGACAGGUGACCCUCGAAUCCCCCUCUUUCCUAUGCAAAGAGCUUGCCGAUGGGAGUCUUCUGCUCAGUUGCUUCCACCUUCAUCCUGUAGUAGGAUUUGCUAUGCUUGGGAUGAUAAAAGCAGCAGGAAAGAGGAUCUACCAGCUAAAAGUCGAAGUAGAGCAAAUAAACAACGCAAACGAAAAGCUGUGUUCUGAAAUAGUAAGCACAGGUAACUGCAACUCCCUAACAUUUCUAAUUAAAGAAAGUGAUAAUACAAACAUCACAAAAGUACCUCAGCAUAGAUCAUCCCAGAUACCAUCAGACUUGAGGAUAAGCAUCAGCACGUUCUGUAGAGCAUUCCCUUUUCAUCUGAUGUUUGACCCAAGUAUGUUAAUCCUCCAGCUCGGGGAAGGACUUAGGAAGCUGAUAAAGUGUGAAGUUCACAAAGCUAUGAAGUUCCAUGACAGUUUUGAAAUAGUGUCUCCGAAAAUCAGCUGUACCUUUGAACAUGUUCUCUUGAGACUGUCGACUCCUUUUGUCAUUCGGAAUAAAAUUGAUACAUCCAGUCUUGAAAAUAAAGACAAGGUAAUGGAUAUUAAAGGACAAAUGAUCCAUGUUCCUGAGUCUAAUUCUAUUCUGUUUUUGGGUUCUCCUUGUGUUGACAAGCUGGAUGAACUGAUGGGUCGAGGUUUGCAUCUUUCAGAUAUACCUAUUCAUGAUGCCACUCGGGAUGUGAUUCUAGUUGGUGAGCAAGCCAAGGCUCAAGAUGGCCUAAAAAAACGAAUGGAUAAAUUGAAAGCAACCUUAGAAAAAACACAUCAGGCUUUGGAAGAAGAGAAGAAGAAGACAGUAGACCUUCUUUGUUCGAUUUUUCCAGGAGACGUAGCUCAGCAGUUGUGGGAAGGGAAGUCUGUUCCAGCCAAAAAGUUUGAUGAUGUCACCAUGCUCUUUUCGGACAUUGUUGGGUUUACAGCUGUCUGUGCCCAGUGCACACCAAUGCAAGUGAUUAGUAUGUUGAAUGAAUUAUACACUAGAUUUGAUUAUCAGUGUGGAAUACUGGACAUCUACAAGGUGGAAACGAUCGGGGAUGCGUACUGUGUGUGCUCUGGAAUUCUCAGGAAAACCAGCAGCCAUGCUAAACCUAUUGCUCUUAUGGCUUUGAAGAUGAUGGAACUUUCAGAAGAAGUUCUCACUCCAGAUGGAAGACCUAUCCAGAUGAGGAUAGGGAUUCACUCUGGCUCAGUCCUGACUGGUGUGGUGGGUGUAAGGAUGCCUCGAUAUUGUCUAUUUGGGAACAAUGUUACUCUGGCUAGCAAGUUUGAAUCAGGAAGCCAUCCCCGUCGAAUCAACGUCAGUCCAACAACAUACCAGCUUUUAAAGGGGGAAGAAAAUUUUCAUUUUAUUCCCCGCUCACAUGAGGAUCUUCCAGACAACUUUCCAAAGGAAAUCACUGGGAUUUGCUAUUUCUUAGAGGCCAAGAACAGUCAAAAACAGCCAAAGCACCCCUUAACAUCUGUUAGGAUGAGAAAGGUUUCCUACAACAUUGGAACGAUGUACCUUAGGGAGACAAGCGUAUGAACCUUCUGCAGAUCAAAGACUCUUCAAAAAAGCACAAGCCCAUAACUGGGUCACGACAAGAGUGCAGAGAAUCUGUUCCAUCGUGUUGGUAAAAAAAAAAAAUAUUCAACGGUAAGAGCUCUGCAUAUUGCCAGGCAAUAAUAAUAAUAUUUUUUUUUCAAAGGUGGGUGAUAAAUGUUAAGAACAUAAAAUAGAAUUAUGUAAUUCAUAGUUAACACAUCGUCACAGAACAAUAAUCCAAUUGAUUUCCAGGUGUUACCAUUUGUUAGUGAACAGAUCAUCUUAAAAUAUAUAUAUAUCAUUGUCUGUUAUGUACCCUUGGUUUACUCAUCUAACUGUGAACGUCAAAAGCCUUCUCAAGGAUCCUGAUAAGUAUUGAGUAAGCAAUUCCACAGUGAAGUGAAGAUGUACAUUAUGUGCCCUACAGGGGCAUCAUUGCCAAUAAUUAUCGUACAAAAUGCUUCAAUCCAUAUUAUAAAUAUGAUCAGAUGAUCAUAGUUUGGUGUCAAUUCUAAUGUGUUAUCCAUCUGUGUGGGGCUUUGGAUUUGUUUUCGAUAUGGACGUAAAAAAAAAUAUUUAUUUUAAUGUUUAUUUUUAAGCGUUAAAAGCAGAAUUUAUGUUAGCAUGUGUCAGAAAAUAUAUAUUUUAAUGAUGUCUGCUUAUGAGUUAUUCACGUGACCUCAUAAACGAUAAAGAGAUGACUGCCUGACUCCCACCAUAGCAUUUGAAUGUAAUAUUUAAUAAUUGUUAUAUUCACAAUGGCAUAUUUCUAAAUCAUUUAUAUUGAUAUUUAAAUAUAUAUAUAUAUAUAACCACUUGUUGAUCGCAUCAGUGUACAUAACGAGCAGUAUUAACAUUUUAGAUACCUGAUGAAGUUGUUUGUGAUUUAAUAAAAUUCCCUGCUAUCUAAGAUAA